AACCCCUGAAAAAAAAAAGUCUACAUUUUGCUCCCUCCUCCCCGUCAGUCUUCCAUUUUCCUCUUGCUUUUCAUUUUUAGAUCAAUAAAAAAAAAACCAUAAAAUUUUUUUCCAUUUAAAGUUUGAUUUCUUUCUGGAGUACCUACCUCUCUUCAGUCUCCAACUCUCCAUUUCUCUCAAUUUUUUUAUACACUUUUAAAAAUAACACCAAAACAUUUAUCAUUGUGAUAUACUAAUAAUCUAGAAAUACAGUUGCUGGUGGAAUACAAAGGGAAGGGGGAAGGAGAGAUAGCUUUGUUUGAAGAGGGGAAGUGGGGAAUAAAGGAAAAAAAAAGGGGAAAUCGAAUUUUCUGAGAAGAUGAGCGGUGGGGGGUUUAGGGUUUCAUCAAUUCCAAGCAGCGUGAGGAAAACGAUCCAAAACAUAAAAGAGAUCACCGGUAAUCACAGUGAAGAUGAGAUUUAUGCUAUGCUUAAAGAAUGUUCUAUGGAUCCCAAUGAAACCGCUCAGAGGCUCCUUCUUCAGGAUCCUUUUCGCGAAGUAAAAAGAAAACGUGAUAGGAAAAAAGAGAGUUCGAACAACAAAGAGUCUGCAGAGUCGCGGUGGAGAUCUGGUUCACAGGGAAGGGGGAGUCGGGGUGGCCGGGGAAAUUUCUCUGCUCGCUAUGCAGCACAUGAGGCUGGUGUUUCCAAGAGUUCUGGUCCUGGGAGAGAUAAUGGAGCAAAUCAAGUUGCAGAGAAAGCCAGUGGUCAAUCUUCAUCAACCUCUCAGGAGACAAAAACUAAUGAAUCAACUAUGGUAGCCAGCCCUGUACCUGUCAUGGCUGAUGGUCCUACUGGUGUAGUGGCUGAAACAUCCUCUGCACCUGCAAGAAAUGCUGCCAAUCAACCUCAGGAACAUUCAUCUGUUGCAAGCUAUGAGUUCGGAAGUGCACCAUCCCCUGCUGGUGCAAUAAACAAACCCACAAUUACAUUUGAAAGUGUGGACAUGAGUGGGCCACCUGCAGCAAGCCCUAGUGACUGCUUCCCAUCGACUAGUUCGGCAUCUUCUGCAACAAUCUGCUUCUCGUCCUCAGACCCUGUGCUAGUUCUGUCCAGUGAUUCUCAGCCCCUUGGCACUCUGGGAGCAAUCAAACGUGAAGUGGGAGGUGGCCAGGCUUCUGCAGAAUCAGAUACAGUUGUCCCUACUGAAAGAAAAUUAGCUUCUGCUACUGAAAUUAGUAGCUCUUUUGUGCAAGGAAAGAUGCCUAGUAAAUCUUCUGGAGCACCAAAAAAUCUUCUGAGUGAGUCUGGCCAACCUUCAACUGCCGCAACCCAUGGUUCCUCUACAAGCCGACCUUCAUCCAAUUAUGGUGGCCGCUCACAACAAAUAAUUGGCCCUCAGAAAGUUGGUUCUAAUAAGGAGUGGAAACCAAAGCCAAUCAGCUCUAAUGUUGGGCAGGGUUCUGGAACAGCUGGUGCAUCUGAAGUUCCUACUAGUUCAUUUGAAGCCAAUGCUCAUUCACCGCCUGUUUCAAAUGUUCUUGACUCUGAAGAAGCAACUUCAAAAUUGCAGAAGAAGCUAGAGGAGUUGCAUCUCCCACAACGUCAACAUGUUAUAAUUCCAACCCAUAUCCAUGUCCCUGAAUCUGAAAGAACCAAGCUGAGUUUUGGAAGUUUUGAUGCUAGUUUUGGAGUAACAUUGAGCUCUGUUGGUUGUCAGGAGAGUGCUAAGAGUCCUACACCUUUGUCUGAGGCUUCUCAGGAUGUUGAUGAAACUGCAGAGGAGCAGAAUUCUAGCAAUCAAAACGCAUUGACAACUGCUGAGGAUGGAGAUCACUCUGAUCAUCCACAAUCACCUGGACAUUCUCCUGAAAAUUUGUCUGGUGAUGGUGAUAUCUCUAGUUCUAUUCCUGAGUAUAACGAAAAUAAGCAGGACAAUGCAUUGCCCUCUGGAGGCCAUCCAUACUCUGUGGUCCAUACGCCUCCUAACUACAAUAUUGGACUUGUCCCUCCUAUUUUAGCAUCCCUCGAAAACCCUGAAUCUCAAGCUCGUGAAGUUUCUCGUCUUUCAAGCUUUGUUGUUCAACAGCCAUUUGAUCCAGCAACUUAUUAUGCCCAGUACUACCGUUCAAGUGCUGAUAAUGACGGUCGGCUUUCUCCAUUUCCUUCUGCUGGAAUUGCUACAAAAUACAAUGGGAAUGUUGCAGUACUUCCUCCACAGACUUCUCAGCCUCCACAAGAGGGUGGAAACACUUCAGUACUGACAGCAGGAAGUCCAACCCCAACAGUAACUCAAGCUGCUGGUUUGAUGCAAAGUUCUAUAUCUGUGACUCAGCAACCAGUCCCUGUCUACCGCUCAGCAGCUGGGGUGCAUUUACCACAUUAUCCUCCAAACUACAUUCAAUAUGCCCCCUUUUACUCUCCUUUCUAUUAUCCUUCUCCUGCAAUCCACCAAUUUAUAAACAAUGGUGCGUUUCCUCUACAUCCUCAAGCUGGAACUGUUUAUCCUUCUGCACCAGCACCACCUACAACAGGAGUCAAAUUUUCUCUUCCUCAAUUUAAACCUGGAAAUAAUCCGGUGAAUUCUACACAUAUUGGAAUGCCAAGUGGUUAUGGGCCUUAUGGCUCCUCCCCAGCUGGUUAUAAUCCCAGUUCAACUGGAAACUCAACUACAAAUGAGGAUCUUGGUGCAUCUCAAUUCAAGGAAAGCAAUGUCUACAUCACAGGGCAGCAGAGUGAAAGUUCAGCUGUAUGGAUUGCUCCCCCUGGUCGAGAGAUAUCCAGUCUGCCAGCCAGUUCAUUCUAUAACCUUCCCCCUCAGAGUCAGAAUGUAACUUUUCCUCCAACACAGGUUGGUCCUGGCUCCUUUGCUGGUAUUUAUCAUCCCCAAGGAGUAGCAGCAGGUGUUCAUCCUCUUCUACAACAGGCUCAGACUAUGGCUGGAGCUGUUGACAUGGGGGGGCCUGCUGCCAAUGUUUAUCAGCAGCCUCAGCAUGCACAGAUGAACUGGCCCAGUAACUAUUGAAACAAGGAUUGAUAUGUUCUUUUUUCUUUUUUUGUAAAUCAACUAAACAAGACAUUCAAUGUCUCCAAUCUUGUGCUACUUUUGGGAACUCCAACGGGUUUGAAUGGAGAGGAGCAUUGAGAAGAUACACAAUUAACCAGAGUUGAGAUUGUUAAUCCGUUCAAAGGAGGCCAGGACAAAAAAAAAAAAAAUUGCCAAUGGUAUCUUCUGUUUGCUUGGGUUGAGGUCAUAAAGAUCCAGUUUCGCCUUUAACUGAUUUUGACCGUUUAAAGUUAGUGAAGGUAGGCAUGUGCAAGUCUGUCUCUUGCUAUAUGGUGUUUACCCAAUUUUCCUUUUCAUAGUUCUUGAACUCUUAGCAUUUACUAUUACGGGUGAGAAUCUUUUCCAUUCUUUUGUUCCCUUUUAUUUAAGGUUUUGGGGGGUUUUGGAAGGUAAGAUUUAGGUUGGUGGAAAUUUCAUUUCCAGCUAUUCUUCUUCUCUUUCCUCUGUCUUACCUGUAAAGUGAAUUUUGAUAGCAGGAAAAGGGUGUACUGAACUGAAAUGUUGUAAUUGGUAUAAGCAAAGGCCAACAAAUUUUCAAUUGUUUCAGUUGAGACUUUUGACUUGAA